ACAAGCAAACAAUCAUUCUGCACGUGAACGCGAUCGCGUGCGGUGAUUAUUAUUUUGUUUAAGUCGACAAAAUAUACGUCGUUAGAACACAUAAUACAUAGCUUAUUGAUAAAAAAUAUAAAUAUAUUACAAAAAAUAAAGGUGCGUUGGUGAUAAUAAAUAGCAACAAUGAUUAUGCAUAUAGCGAUAACGAUCAUAGCGAUGUGUCUCGCGAUUUCGAGUUUAGCUACAGCGACGGCGGAACAGGAUAGCCUAAAACAGUCAGCGGAAGUAUCGGAAACGAACAUUCAGCAGCAUAACGUCGUCCCGGCUGAAGCAGGGAUUGACAUGAAUGCCGUUGCCGUCAGGCUCAUCAACGACUACGUGACACCCACAGUAUGCUCGUACUCGUCAGAAUUUUGCGCCAAAAACCAAUUACAGAGCAGAGGAAUCCAGAGCUAUUUGGCUACGGCCGGCACAUUACUGGCAGGAGUGUUGGGCGUUAUAAUGACUAAAAUUUCAAUUCUAAUUGCAUUAUCGAUACUCUCCACAGUCAUAGGAAAAAUGCUGUUAGUCUACGCUCUAUUCAAAUCCGAUCCACACCACCACCUUCCCCACUACAAGGCAGCCCACUACAAUGCGCAUCCGCUCGUCAAGUAUACCAAGGACAAAUACUACAUCAAAAACACACCAUCAAUUCACAAUCACGAUUUAAUCGUCGAUUCACCCUCUGAGUACUCCUCUCCUUAUGUUUAUUCGCCAUCUGUCUUGGAAUCUACUGUCCAUGACCAGAAGUUAAAAGGGGUGUCUUACUACAAACGAUAACACACCAUUACCACGAUCUAUCACUAGUCAGUUUUAUAGCCAUCAAAUUGACUUCAUAGAAGCCAUUUAUUUUAUAACUUCUAUACCAUUUUUGUUGUAUAUAUAAUAUAUAUAUAUAUAUACAUAUAUAUUAGUAAUAAUACAUCAACAGUCAUCCCAUAAAGCGUUCAAAGAUGAGAACGAGGUCGAAAUUACAAAUACUAACCCCCCUUGAUAUUCUUAAUAAUCAGCUUACUUGUCAUCAAUCAUUAAAUCUAAGACUUGUAAAGCAUACCUAUAUAUCAAUGAUACGCCUAUGAUCCUUACACGUUUUCCUUAAUUUAUUUUAACGCCAAAAUUUUGUAUAUAUUACUAUAAAUCAUCGUCAAGUCAAUGAUGAUAUUGUUCUUUAUUUUAGAAACUUAUCGACAAUAUUAUUAUUAUU